UUUUCCAAUUCUGGCCCUCUUACAACUUAUCGAUUUCAUUUUCUUCCGACCUUCGCAGCAUAUCAACGUCAUGUCUCUGACGUGCGUCCGCAGCUUAUCGAUGUGUCAUUUCCGAUUUUCGCGAUAAAACGAUCUGCUGAAGAUUUCCAGCUCUCACAUAACUGAACCUCUGAUACAUUUCCACAACCACAAUGGCCCCCAAAGUGCUUAUCGUCGGCUCAGGUGGUGUAGGCGUUAUCUGUGCCUACUCUCUCACCAAAAGAGCCAAAUCAGAAGUCACCUUAGUGGUCCGUUCAGACUACCAACGAGUAUCAACCCAGGGCUUGAACAUCGACUCCGUCAACUACGGCACCGUCAGGAACUGGAUUCCUUCCCAGGUUGCUCCAUCGGUGGAGACUGCACGCACCCAGUACGGACCCUUCGACUACAUCUUUCUCUGCACCAAAAACGUGCCGGACUCCAGAGUGACAUGUGAAGACAUUAUCCGUCCAGCAGUGUCGGAAAACACCACCAUCCUCCUUCUCCAGAACGGAAUCGACAUCGAGAAGCCCAUGCACAAGGCAUUUCCCCACAACUUGAUCCUCAGUGGCAUAAGUCUCAUCGGAUCCACCAACUCCCCCAACCUCAUCCAGCACAAGGCGUUGGAACAGGUGUUCGUGGGAGACUUCGACAAGAGCCAGUCGCAUCCAGACUCCCAGAAGGCGCUCGACGAGAUUAUCGACAUCUACCACAACGAGGGCUUCAACCUGAUCUUGCCUGAUGCUGAUGUUCGCCAGCAGAGAUGGAACAAGUUGUUGUACAAUGCCACCUUCAACAUCAUUGCAGGCUUGACUGGUGUUGAUGCGUGCAGGUGCCAGAUCACAGGAGCCAACAGUGCUCUCAUCGAGCCAGCAAUGAGGGAAAUCAUGGCCAUUGCCAAAAGCGAAGGCUACGAUGUGCCUGAGGCGUUAUUGGACAAGCUUAUCCACAUUGGCGAUGGGCUUUUCUACCGUCCCUCAAUGUUGACAGACGUGCACAACGGCCAGUUGACGGAGGUGGAGACCGUGUUGGGAAACCCCGUCAGAAUAGCGCAAAAAAACGGAGUGGCAGUGCCUAUCCUCAACACGUUGUAUUCCAUGAUGAAGAUCAAGCAGUUCAGCAUCAAGGAGCAGCGCAAGGACUUUGUGUUGAAUGAGGAGGACUUCAAGGGCAACAGUGAUGGCUACGAGGCCAUUUUUGAGGAAAAGUACGCCAGUCACCAUUAGACAAAAUUCACUAUGACUUUAUUUACUUCUUGAGGGCCCUUUAAUAACGUAAGAAUCUUGUGCUUGGUGAUUUACUAUGGCUUCUUGACACGGUUCGACCUUGACUCAAUGAAUUUGAAAUACUUUUAUUCAAAUUGUGCUUCGAAGCCUAAUAGCAUGAUGUUUUACGAUGCCAACUCGAAUUCACCUAGAAUUUUUAGACAAAAUACCUCUAUUAUGAAUUAUCAACUCAAUAAAAUCUAUUUUUUUAGGCAAUGGGUCACUUAUAGGCUUGGUGGUUCCAUGGUGCCAGCACAUGCACCACAAGUAUAAGUCGAUGUAUACCUCUAAAGAUGAAUAUUUAAAAUGGUUCAAGGAAACUCGUUCUAUUUGAAUACCCUUUUAUUCAGCACCAGGUAAAGAAUGGAGGUUUGCUCUCGACCUUUUCCAAUCUCUCUAUGAUCACCUUUCGGUUGCCUUCUUCCUCGCCUCGAUC